AUGAAGUCUGAUGUCAUGCAUGACGCACAUGGAGUGGCUUCAUUCAUUCUGAACUUUGAGACGUAUAGCUUCAUCGUUGGAGCGAACGACUACCACGACCCGGAGAUUCUACAGUUGAAACAAGGGUCACUUUUGAAGAAGAUUCUCGGCAUAAUCAGGAGCCACUGGGCUGAAUGGGAGACGUCACAAAAAAUUGCAAAACGGAAAUUCAUCGCCUAUUCCGCGCAAAGCUGGCUGUUGAUGGCAUUUAUGGACGCUCUCGGAUGUGGCAAACAGGCUCUCGACGGGGCCGUACCUGGCCUUAAUGCUUUGCUGAUGAUUGAGUUGAGGGAUCAAGGCGGUAAAGGAGUCGUUCAGGUAAAUUGA